AGAGAGAGAGAGAGAGAGACGGGGAAAGGAGAGGGAGGCGGAAUGCAACAGGCUGAGCGCUAUCGUCGCAAACGCAACUACUACACGCUCGCUCUCAGCUAAACCCUCACCAGCUGCACGCCGCCUCCACGCCACACUUCUGAGUUCCUGCUCCGCUUUCCUGUUUCAGCAGCAUCCCCCUCGCCUCUCGCCUCUCGCCUCUCCUGACGCCCGACCGGGAGGGGCUGAAUGGCAGCGAGCCGCUUCACGCUCUACGCAGGCCCGUGACGGAGAGACGACGCAGGGAGACGCCAACGACCAUCGGGAUAAAAGUCCCCACCGCCGGCGGCACUUUUUUUUCGCGAUGGCGACCAACAGGGAGCACCAUAUGCGUCACAUGACCGGCUUCCCCCGAGCGAUGUACCCGUUCACCUUCAACUCCAUGCGUAGCCACUCCCCCUUCGACCUGCUGGCCAGCAGCCACCUUUUCGGCCGGUUUGGGACGGACCUUCCUAAAGAGAUGGCUGCAUUGUCGGUGGAGACCCAGAGCACCAGCUCAGAGGAAAUGAUCCCCAGCUCUCCUUCUCCUCCUCCUCCGCCCCGCAUCUACAAGCCGUGCUUUGUGUGCCAAGACAAGUCAUCUGGUUACCACUAUGGAGUGAGCUCCUGUGAGGGCUGCAAGGGUUUUUUUCGGCGCAGUAUCCAAAAGAACAUGGUGUAUACAUGCCACAGAGACAAGAACUGCCAGAUCAACAAAGUGACUCGCAACCGCUGCCAGUACUGUCGGCUGCAGAAGUGCUUUGAGGUUGGCAUGUCCAAAGAAGCGGUGCGUAACGACAGGAACAAAAAGAAGAAGGACGUGAAGGAGGAGGUGGUGCUGCCAGAGAACUACGAGCUGAGUGGAGAACUAGAGGAGCUGGUCAACAAAGUCAGCAAAGCUCACAAAGAGACCUUUCCCUCUCUGGGACAACUCGGAAAAUACACCACAAAUUCAAGUGCUGACCACAGAGUACAGCUGGACUUGGGCCUGUGGGAUAAGUUCAGUGAGCUGUCCACAAAGUGCAUUAUAAAGAUCGUGGAGUUCGCCAAGCGGCUUCCUGGCUUCACUACGCUCACCAUCGCUGACCAGAUCACCCUCCUCAAAUCCGCAUGCCUGGACAUCCUGAUGCUGAGGAUAUGCACUCGCUACACCCCAGAACAGGACACCAUGACUUUCUCAGAUGGCCUAACACUCAAUAGGACCCAGAUGCACAACGCUGGCUUUGGCCCCCUGACAGAGCUGGUGUUUGCCUUUGCUGGCCAGCUGCUGCCUUUGGAGAUGGAUGACACAGAAACGGGCCUACUCAGCGCCAUCUGCCUGAUCUGCGGAGACCGCAUGGAUCUGGAGGAGCCACAGAAAGUAGACAAGCUGCAGGAGCCGCUGCUGGAGGCUCUGAAGAUCUACACCCGCCGCAGACGCCCAAACAAGCCUCACAUGUUUCCCCGCAUGCUGAUGAAAGUCACAGACCUCCGAGGAAUCAGCACCAAAGGCGCAGAGCGAGCCAUCACACUGAAGACCGAGAUCCCGGGCCCCAUGCCUCCACUCAUCCGGGAGAUGCUGGAGAACCCCGAGGCCUUCGAGGACAGCAGCGACUCCGGGGACAGCGCCGCAGCCGCGCCCCCCGCGAUUCAAGCCAUCAAACAAGAGGAGAAGGCCACGGACGAGUCAGCCGUCGAGGAGGAGGAGGAGGAAGAGGAGGAGGACGACGACGACGACUACUGGGACGAGGAGAAGGACCGAGGGGUGGACAGUGAUGGGGAGCUGCUGGUGGAGGCGGCAGGCGGCGGGCUAAAGAAAGGUGUAACUGGGAAAACGCAAUGAGAGAGAGAGACGAGAUCGCCUCGUGGAAACCUCACAGAAUUAGGCUCUUAUACAACAACGGUGUUGAAUGCAGCACCUACAUAUACUGUAAAUAUUGACUGAAAGGAAAGUAUGGUAAAUUGGGUAUAGGAAGCGAGGAAUGAGAGAAGCAAAAAGCACUAAAUUGUAAGUGGGUUGAGCAGAGUGCCACGAAAGAUCACCGUGCCAAAAUGAGACCCGAAAUGAGACCUGUCCACCCAAUGAGGUGUGUGGGACAGAAGACAAUGCACUCCUCAGCUAUCUAAAGGGCUUGGCUUUACAUGAAAUUGAUGAUAAAAAUACAUUGCAACAACAGAGCUCUACGUGGUAUCUGUUUGCCGCCUGACAUUCUUCUGAGAAUUCCUUUAUUACAAGUGAGAGAUUUGCGACUUAUUUUUUUAUUGUCUGCUUUUUCUAAGCGUGUAAACAUUUCUGUUGUGUCUUUUUGCAUGUCUGUGGGACUCGGUCUUUCUUUUUGUUGUACUUUUUUUCACUCAUUUGACUGGACGUCUAGUGAGUUUUUUUUUGAGCUCGUCUUUAAUGUUUGCCGACUCUUCGUUGUUCCACACAGUGCAAAGCAAUAGCAGAGACAAUAAAGAGAGCAAUAGCAGAGAGAGAGAGAGAGGGACUCAAAGCUCACAGUCAAACCAGCAUGUGGUAUGCAAAGCCCUAAAGGGUGAAACAUUCAAAAGAGAAGAAGAAGAAGGAGACAACUAUCUGUUCCCCUCUGGUGCUUGUGGUGAAAAUAAACUCGUCGAUGACGCAAAACAAACGCGGCGAGGUGUCUCAACCUUCGCCACAAAAACUAGUCUUUUUUCCUUUUUUUCAAAUACUUUGACUAAAGAAUCUGCAGGGUAGAUCAAACGUCAGCACACAAUCUCAGGUUAAUUCCAUCAGGGCCACAUCUCAUCGGACACAGUGUUCGUUCAGAAAUGCUCAGACGUCAUCAGCAACAAGUAGAUUAUUAUUGAAAGUGAAGUUGUUGAUGCACAUGGCCUUUGUGAACCCAUAAUGUUUUCAUUUUCUUUUUUUAGAAGUGAUGUAUGAAUAAUCCAAAUGGAUGUAAAAAGAAAACGUCAAGUGAGCGUGUUUGUGUCUGUGCAUAAGUGCACUACGUAACUAAGAGCAUUUAUCCAAACAGAGUGCUGUAGAGUCAUUACGGCCAGAAUCCACAGCGAGAAUUCAAAUAAUUACUAUCCUAAAAAAAGCACAAAACGAAAUAACAUUUUUCAAAGUUCACACACCCAAAGAUGUCGAUUGGAGAGCAGAAUGUUGCAACCACCCAACGUAAUAACCAAAGACAAUGGAAGACUUAACAUGAGGUGACGAAGCACACUGUGUGUCCAUGUGCUGCACCUGAAGAGUCAUGUAAUACAUGGAUUUCGUAAAAUGAUCAUUGCAAGAUGUAUGAAUUACACAUUAAGUAAUGAAAGACAACGUGAGUCUUGCUGAACUCCUUGAUCAUUGUAAGGGAAAGAUUCUCCAUCAGCAUGUUGUUCUUCAUGUUGUUGAUAUUACAGAUAAAAUAGAGCGCUUGUUUACCGAUAGAGACGUUUACAAGUCAUAUGGGCCUUUAGUACCAGACUCAAAGCAUAUCAAGAACACAGAAGUCAAUUUAAAGCAUUACUCAAUCAACCCUGAUGGAGCGAUGAUGUUUUUAGACGUGUUGUGAUGUUAUAGGACGAAAACGUCAAGCGACUGAGGUGAAAGAUGCACGUUAUCAUCAGUGUGUCGCAAAGUCGCAGAGACACAGUCAAUAUUUUGCACAUCGUCAGCCCAUGUUACAUAUUAUGUUGAGUAUUCAAAUGUCACAUAAUGAGGACAUUUCGUGUUCAAAUGUUUUAUCUUAUUUUUCCAUUUGUUCAACUUAUUUUUUAUUUUACGCUGGUGCAAUAGAUGAGGUCAGAAGCGAUUCAGCUCUAUAUGUCAACGCAUGAGAACAUUAACAUUAAAAAAGACCAAAGAUAUAACAUUGCAUUUGGAUGAAAACACAUAAAACAUUGUAACAAAAUAUCUAUUAUAGUCAUUGAUGUGAACUAUAUUUACUUUGUAUUGUGUGAUGCCAUGAUCUCGAAUGACUUAUGAAGCUGGAACCAUCUUAUUUCUGUUAUAUUUUGUAUUUGAGUUGUUUUAAUCUUUACAGUGUGCAGAUAACUUGACUCAAUGUUCAGGGAUUCCGACACAUUUUUAUUUUAAUUGGACUUAGAUGAAAAUAGCUCAUACACACCCAAACACACACACACACACACACACGGUCUUCUUUGCUUAUUUGUUGCUUGUUAUUUGCUUAUUUGUUCUUGUAUUUCUUGUAUUUUGAUAAAAGUGCUCUUUGUUCAGAGACCUUUUAGCAUCCA